CGCUCCUCUCCCUCGCUGACUCUCAGUGCAAAGAGGUUCUGGGUUCUGGAAGGGAAUGUUAAAACCCAUGUAACAUGGCCAAAGAGACUUUCCCUUACUCAGCUGCCACCCUACGAUCCCUUCAGCAGCAGCGGGAACAGCUGGAGGACGAGGAACGGAGAAGGGCGGUGAGAAGUCAGUGUCUCACCCGCAGGUUUAUGUUUGACAGCCGGCCCUCAUACCCAACUGCCAACCGAAGACGCCAGUACUGCCGGGAUACUGCCAUUCAUAAUGCCCUGUACACAGGAGACGUGGAAAGGAUAAAGGGGAUAUUCAAAGAAGAUGGUUCAGCAGAAGUGCUGGUGGAGACAGUCAGUGAGGAGCUCCAGUGGUCCCCGGAAAUGGGCCUCUUUUCGUUGACACCUAAGAAGUCGCACACCAGUCCAUUGCGCAUCACCGCCGGUCGAGGGUAUUCUCAAUGUGUGCGACAUCUAAUAUUCCGUGGGGCAAACCCCAACUCUCUAGCAGGUGGACGUAGUGCCCUACAUGACUCCUGUGAGGGUCACCAUGCUGAGUGUACUCAACUGUUACUGAGCCGUGGAGCUGACCCCAAUCUACAGAAUGAAGAUGGCCAGGCGCCCCUCCACCUCUGUACUAGCAAGGAAACACUGGAUUGUGCAAAAUUACUUUUGGACUAUGGCGCUCGCAUCAGCCUUCCCUGCCAUUACACCCGUGCCACCCCACUACAUGUGGCUUCUGUACGAGGUCUGGAAGAACAUGUGGCAUUAUACCUAAGCCUUGGUGCUGACCCAUGUGCCCGCAAUCGUGAGGGUGAGACACCUCUCAAUGCAGCUUGCGCUGCUUGUGAUUCCCCUCAACACUUUGCUCGCUAUUUGAGGGUGGCAGAAAUGCUCCUGAAAGCCGGCGGUGAUCCUGGGAUGCCAGGGAAGAAGGGCCAUGGACCCCUCCACAAUGCCAGCUCCAACUGCCAUCUUAGGUUGGUGCAGCUGCUUUUGGACCAUGGAGCAUCUGUUAACGUGACGAAUAGCGCUGGUUACACGCCUCUGGACUGUGCUUUGCAGGUGUGCACAGACUAUCCGGAGUGUCAGCCCCAUCAAUUGGUGCAGACGUUAUUUAAUCACGGUGCUGCGCCCCCUAGUGUCAAGAUGUGGCGAUGCUGUGCUGCUUCACCCCUGGCCUUUGAAAUCCUUCUCAACUCAUAUGACCGAAUUCCACCAGGGGAUUUUUGGGUAGAAGCUUUGCCCACUGAAAUAUGGGAGGAGCGUCUCACAUUUUAUCAGUCCGUCCUGCAAGUUACAAAUCAACCUCGUCGUCUUCAGCACCUCGCCCGCUGCGCUGUGAGGAAUCUAUAUAAAGGACAGUGCCACCGGGCGAUUCCAGACCUGAGACUACCAGCUGCACUCACUGCAUACCUCCUGCUGCUUCCAGAGGGCCUCAUCCACUAAACAUUGUGAACUGUCCACAGGGGGGCGCUCAUGUUUAAAAGAGAAAUUAUUGCUGUAUUUUCUCAAGGGUGAAAGUCUAGAAAUGUCCACCGUUGUGGAGAAUAGGUUUUCUCCUCCCAUCUCCAAGGCAGACAUCUACAGUGACGGGAGGGGGUAAGGCCCCUUUCACUCGAGCGUGCCAGAUUAGGUCUGGAUGCGUUCAGUGAAACUCGCACCAUUUUGCAAGCAAGUUCAGUCAGUUUUGUCUGCAAUUGCGUUCAGUU